CGUCCGCUAGGGGUUGCUUGCUAGGUCGCUUCGCGCUUGCGCACGUAGUUCGCGCCACUGCUACGUCGCUUGCAAGCCAGAUGUUCUGAAAAGCUUCCUGUCGCCGUUCCAUUGCUCCGCAUUUUUAUCAAUAAUUUAAUAUAAAAUGUGCACUAGGACUUAUAAAUUGUUUUCUAUAAUAGUGAAGUAGUCAGUGAUUAGUUGAAAAUGUCUAGAUUAUAGACAGUGAAUUAUAACUAAAAUUUAUUGAGCGUCUUGAUGUCCACGAGUUCACUCGGGAAGUCAGGACCAACAAAGCGGCGGACAUUUUAUUUUGAGUACUUGAUAAUGUAGCGUUUGCGUUGAAAACAUUAAUGUGGUUUUAUGGUUAUAAAUUCUUAUAUCGUUCGCUUACACCUUUCCGAUGCCGAGGGGGGUGAAGCGAGGGCCGGCGGAGGGAGAGGCCGAGGUGGUGGUACGAGCUGGGGUGUCUCCAUCAAAGACGACGCUAUUAGACGAUAGCCCGAGUCAGCCCAUCAGUUACCACCUGCUAGAUCAUGGUUAUGGCGCUACACCUCAGCACCAGAUCAUACGGGAGGCGCCCUCGACACCGCCUAAGACAUCAGAGGCGGUGAAAAGAAGACUGAACCUGAGCGAGAGUAGUUCAGGCAGCCAAGGGCACGUGGUGCCCAUGAAGGCUGAUUUCAAGACGCCCAAGCAGAAACGCGUCAAAGUGCUCACGCCGUACAGCCGACCGUCCAGUUCUAUGAAAAAGUACACCGAACGUUCCAGAUUUGACACAUCAUUAGGUUUACUCACGAAAAAGUUCGUCGCCUUACUAAAAUCGUCACCCAACGGCGUGCUCGACUUGAACAUAGCGGCGGAACAGUUGUCGGUCCAAAAACGUCGUAUAUACGACAUAACUAAUGUAUUAGAGGGUAUAGGCAUAUUAGAAAAGAGAUCGAAAAAUAAUAUACAGUGGAAAUAUGGGGUGGGCAGCAGUAGCGGCACGGACGUGGGCUCGGUGGGCGUGCAAGCGGACGAGGUGCGAGCACGCAAGCUGCGGGCGGCGGUGCGCGCGCUGGCGGCGCGGGAGGCGCGCGUGUCGCGGGCGGUGGCGCUGGCCGAGUCCGCGCUGCACGCGCUGUCCGCCGAGCACGACGGGCUCGCCUACAUCACCUACGCGGACCUGCGCUCCAUCAAGGACUUCAAGAACCAGACCGUCAUACCCAUCAAGGCGCCGCCCGACACCAUACUCAGAGUACCUCAUCCAGACGAAAAUGGAUAUAUGUUCUACCUGAAAUCAAUGUCUGGUGAAAUCGAAGUCUUCCUCUGUCCGAAGGAACGGCCGCCGUCGCCUCCUCCCUCCUCAGAGUUGCUGCCUCCAUAUCCACUCUUAGAAGAUAAUAAGGCGCUGCUCGCUCCGCUCAUAGCUCAGCUGCAACCCUGCAGUUCAAGUUCUAUCGCUGCGGAUUAUACCACGCCGGUGAAGCGUGAACCGGGGACCUCAAGUGAACCGGGCUCAGGGCCAAGUUCUGGGCCGGGGCCGGGUUCAGGGUCGCGGGGCGGGUUGAGCGGGUGGCGUAAUGCUGACCCGACGCUGGCACGCGUUCUGGAUCCUUCGCCGCCCUCCUCGAUGUCUACUCUCUCUGCACUCUCUACGCCUGACAGUUCAGUGCGGGGUAGGCUUCGUAACGCGCUGAUAGCGGAGAGCGAUGAUUUCGCGCCAAUUAUGGGCGGCGGUCGCUUCCAACUACAGACUGAGGACCAGGAGUCAGAACCACUGGAGUUGGAGCCAUUCCUAGCGCUAGAGCCGCCAAUGUCCGCGACCGACUAUGGCUUCUGUCUCGACCACACCGAAGGGCUCACGGAUCUCUUCGACCUGAUAUAGAGCAACGCAACACAUCGCAAAACCGGUCCAGUUCCCUUAUCGUAUAUGUUGCAACAGAAAAUAUUUAUUUUUUCAUAUUAGAUACGUUACCUGGACCUCUAGAUGGGUGGCAAACGGAUCUGUGUAUAUAUUUACGCAAUCACACCCAUGCGAAAGAACGACGCGUAAUAUAUGCUGUCUUGUUCUUUUUUAUACGUGCCGUAGCGUAUAUUAUCUAUAAAUAGUUUCGUUUGUCAGUUGUUCAGAAGUGCUAAUUUAUUUCUUGAUGUAAACAGAUAAGCGCUAUUUGAUUUUUGUUAUAUCGCAAAACUAACUUAAAACUGGUGUUUAUAUCGAGUGUUUAUAAAUUGGCAAUCGAUUUAAAUAUUAGCAUAUAGUGUGGACUAGCCAGCGGUUCCUAAAUUUUAAAGGCUAUGGACUCAAAUUAUUUUUAUUUUAGGGGACCGAAACACCAAUCAGUUCGAGAACCUUUCUUUCCCAUCCAUCGUCAGUUCAUUAAGCUACGUAGCUGGCACAUUUAAGUUUACUGAAACCUUUAGACUAUCUUAGUCAGUUUUUGGAUUUUUUACAUGGCUAUUGGCGUCUUGCCAAAUCUGCUCAAAACAGUUUCUGGUGUUUGAUUACCUGAUGGGUUUCUUGCUCACCUCGGUGAAGAGAAGAAGGUCAAAUUUUCUUUCCAAUAUUUUCGCUGUGAACUCUUGAUUCGACAAAAGAGAAAGGCAUCACCCUUCUUGCUACAUUCUGGGUAAAUUAUGCCCAAGCUAGCAAGUUAUAGAAGGCUAGUGGACUGGACGCUAUUUCAGCGAUAGUACUUAGGCAUUGUGCGUCCGAGUUGUCUCUCGUCUUAACAUUCUUGUUUCACCUAAGUUACGCCUCUGGAUCAGUGCCGAUAUCUUGGAAAAUAGCCAAUGUGUAACCGCUUUCUAAAAAAAAGGAACCAGGAACUGAUCAGGUCUGUUAAAUAAUCGUCCCAUUGCUGUAACCUCAGUGCUGUCUAAAUUGCUCGAGAAGAUCUUAAAUCUGCUAUAUGAAACACCAGUAAUGUGUAUGAAACACUGCUCGCAGCUCUGGAAUGGUUCCCCUUAGUACCUUCUACAUGUUCUCGGCGUUUUAUAGAGAAAAUGAAAAUGCUGAGGUGAGAAAACUAGAAGCUCUAAAAUUAGGUAGAGAUGCAGAUUACCUCAGUAUCUUUUAAUGUCUUUUCCAUGGGGAAUGCUUAGAAGAAUUUCUUUCACUUAUUCUAUCUUCCCUUUUCCACAUGAAGAUGGGACAGCGGCUGCAUUCAUACACGGUAGACUGCCCGUACUUGUGUACAAAAAAAAUUUUUACUGUUCUUGUGUGAACCGUACCGUAACAAUGUACAAUGGUCUUUCCGGUGUCAUGUUUCUUUCGUUCUAUAACCUCGGACCAUUCAAUCGUAGCGUAAAAAGCACUUAGUGAGCCGGAAUAGAACAUUAUCUUUUUAGUUGAUUGUAUUCAUGGACCAUGCCUCUAUGUUUGUUCAUGAUGGAGUAGUCAUAUCGUCAUAGUCAUAGAAUACUGACGGAUCUGACGGAUAUUACAUAUAAGGAACCGUCAAUAUUUUACGACUACGACGAUAUGUCGUGCUAUAAUAAUAAUAAAAAAAAAAAAAAAAACUAUUUGAGACUGUCACACAGUGAUAUUCUCAAUAUUUUAUCCCUAUCCAUAGCUUGCUGAAUUAUAUGGAACUUAGAACAAGCUUCAAAUGAUAAAAGAUAUUUAAAUAAAUUUUAUUUUAUUAAUAUAUAAACUUGAAGGUAGAAAUUAUAUGCAUGUUCUUCGAUUUCUAAAUCGAACCUCAGUCUCGCGAAAUUGCUCAAAAGCAUUAUUAUUUAUUAAUGCCCCUGAUUCGCAGAAUCGCUUAGGAAUCGCUGGCUAACUACAUUUAAUCAACAAUGCCGCAAAAUAAUCAAGAUAGUACUUUUAUUUUUAACGAAUUAUAGUAGUGUUGGAUCACUCGCACAUUUUAUUGUUAUGAAAUAAUCAGAAAAGUGGCGUUGAUUGAAAUGUUACCUUUGUUAUAAAUUAUAAGCGUUUAUAUAUUUAUUUAAUGCUCAAAUCUGAUACAUGAUUGUUAAAUACAAUACCGUUUCGAAUUAGACGAUCGCUGAAAGCCGUUGACAAUCGCCUAAUUGGUAAAAGUUUGUAUGUAGAACCCGUAAAGUAGGGGUGUCCAAUAAUUCAAUUUCGAUCUAUCGCAAAACCUUUUAUAGUCGACAUUAAAUUAAAGCAGUACAAACUGUACUGGUUUAACAAUUACAUUUGUUAUUAAACACAGGGCAUAAACGUAGCAUGUUAACGAAAGACUAAUACUAUCAUUGAAAUUUAAGAAUUUCAAAUGUAACCAUUCUCACCAAUCGGUUUCGAUACAAAACAUACAUAAAUGGCUACCCCUACCAUAGAUAUCGAGUGAUUCUUUUAUAAACUGACUUGGGGAAAUUAAUUUUACUAUAUCGUAGCACUUGACUGUGUACAGUGAGAAUAGGUGCUUAUUUUUAAUAUUGAACAUUGAAUAAAUCAUUUAAUGAAAAUACAUGGCGACAUGAAAUGGACUAUAACGCCGACAAUGUGUUAUGUACCUCAAAUUUUUGUAUUGAGAUCGCGUUGUCUUAAUUCCAAAACGCUUAAAAUGUUCCUCGUACGUCAAUGGAGGCGUAUCAACAUAGUCUAACUUAAAACUCGGAACAUUCGCUGAAGUAAUGUUUAAAUGAACGAUAAAAGUAAUCAACGGUUCCAGAUAAGUGGCAAAAUUAUCUGUUUUUAAAUAUUAUGCUAUCACAUACAUAAGAAAGAAUGAGACGCCGGAUAUACUUUCUUUUUCUAUUAGAUGUGUAAGGCAGUGUACUGGUUAAAAAUGGAUUCUUUCGCUUGAGUAGAGUCGGCACCCCUAGACAAGUGAUUUACAAAUAUAGCGAUAGAUAUGUUGACACAAUUAUCUGCAUGAGAUGAAUCGAGACAAUAAUGUCUGGCAUCUUGUUCUUUUUCAUACGUACACUGACGAAAACGUGUUUAUCGAUGAAUUUAAUCGCUAUUUCUUUAUGGCGGCUGAUAAUCAAUCAACAAAUUAUUGCGACAAGAGAUAAUAUAAAAAAUGAAUUUUUAAUAAAUGAACAAUAUUAUGAGAUGAUCACCUAUUGACAUGACGUUGCUAAGGGAAUGUUCCGAGUUGGAAUGUAGGAUGUGUUGCAAUUGUGACGUGUAGCGGCGGUCGCGGUGGGGGUCGCGGCCGCUCUGUACAUACACUCGCUCAAAUGCCGCGGCGCCCGCGUCCGCUCUGUACAUAUUACUAUAUAAUGAACGGUGAUAUCUUAGCGGCCUUCGAUUUUAUUGUAAAGCUAGCUCUAGUGUUCUAUUGUCAUUCGUGCCGUUGGCCUAUUGUUUGCAAUCGUCCUGUUCCGUGUAAUAAAGUGUAAUUUGCCAAAUAUUUAGUUGAUAUCUGAAUUUUGACAUUUAGUUAUGAUAUGGUUUCGUUUAGUAGUCUUGUAAAUAGCGCGGACCGAACGGAUUCGAUGCGAACGCAUUGUAUAUUUGUAUGAUUUAAAUAAUUAAGUACAAAAACAGGAGCGUGUGUUACAGUGGCUCUACAAGUGUAACUCUACGGAUGUAACUCGUUGAUAAAUUAAAUCAUUUGUAAAUAAAAACAGCCAAUGUGUAACAUUGAUAUUUUAUAUAAUAAGAUAGCGUAUCAAUAUUAUUUUAUUGUCGCUAUGAGGUUUUUAAGGCGAAUAACAUAUCGGAUAGUCUCUAUAUGUUGUGUUUCCAGGAUUAAAAAAGUCAAUUCAAAAACAGUAUACGCGAACUGUACUUUAGAGUGACUGUGAUACCGCAUAUAAAUUACCUCAUGUCCAUUUCGCUCGUUCGCGCGCUCCGUUCCCUCCGCAUCGUCUAGUGUACAGCACAAAUCCAUGUAUAAACUUAUUAAUAAGUGCAUAUCAAAUAAUUUUAGUGUUAGACAUAUUUGGAUGUGGGUGUGGCUGGCGCGGCGUGUCGGGUAGCGUGCGGGCGGCACCGGUUGCAAUAAUAGUCGAUAAAUUUAACGCCACGAAUAUGGGUUGCUUCCUGUUUAUUUUUAAUCGGAUUCCAUGAUUUGUGGUCGUAAUGUUGAAUCGAGAAUCUUUCAAUGGUGCAACUACCGUGUACAUUUUGUCUUUAUUCUUGUAAAUCCUAUUUCAAAUUAUAAAAUCUAUAUGAUCAAUAGAAAUAAAAUGUAUACAUAGUUGCACAAUAUCGUAUAGAAAUCAUAGUGAGAAGAGCUAUCAGGUAAAACAAUUUAUGGGAUCCUUGCUUAGUUACUGUUGCACUUGAUUAAGUCGCGACUAUGACUCGCCGUCCCAGAAGUAUUAAAUUAUCUUUUCAUUACCCAUGUAUGUCGCGUUACAUUAGAUUUGUUUUGUGACACCAAUGUCUUACACUCAGGGAAAUGUUAUUUAUCAUUUAUUCUCAAUUGAAACCAUUCAAUGAAAUAAAUAUGUAUGUAUAUUAAAUUAAUUUAUAAAUAAGAUUUUAGUUGCAGCGUCUGUCAUAAAAUAUUGAUUGUUUGUGUUUCAUAAGGAUUUAUUAAUGUCUUUCUAUUUAUGUAAUGCUAAAAAGCGAAUUAUGUUUUAUCGGGUAUUUACAAUAAGGAAUAUAAACGUGUAUUUCCGUUUUAUGAUUUUUUU